AUGGCUGCAUUGGCAUGCAGCGGGGAGCAGGAGGGGACGAAAAGGCAUUGUUGCAAAGGUGAGGUCGAGCUUGGAGACUGCGGGAGCAACGGUGGGGCAGGUGACGGGGUUACAAAGGACACUUUCUGGCCCAUCGUUAAUGCCGCCGGGGAUAAAACUGUCGUCCUCGAUAUGUACACUCAAUGGUGUGGUCCUUGCAAAAUUAUAGCUCCCAAGUACCAAGAAUUGUCUGAGAAGUACCUUGACGUUGUCUUUCUAAAGCUUGAUUGCAAUCAAGAAAACAAGCAAUUGGCCAAGGAGCUCAGCAUAAGGGUGGUUCCAACGUUCAAGGUACUGAAGCACAAUAAGACAGUAAAGGAGGUGACCGGAGCGAAAUUCGAUGACUUAGUUGCGGCCAUCGAGAUGGUUCGAUCCAGCUAAGUUCAUUUCAGUACCUGCAAAAUAUUAAUCCAAUCAAAUCAAAGACAACGAUGACUUCAUGCAUGCUUUGAACUUAUUUUUCUUCUUGUAUAUAUAUAUGGAUACAUUCCCAGUUCUUCAAAUGGAGAAAGGCCCCGGGUUGUAUGUAACAUUAACCUGCUACUUCUGAUAUAUGUACACUCUGUUUCAGUUUAUUGGGAGAGAAGGUGUGAUUGUGAACCAAAAAAAUCAGCUAUUUUAUUCCUGGUAGG